AUGAUAUUUAAAGAAAUUAUGACCGACCUCACCGAGUUGGCGCACUUGAAACAGUUGUGCAAAAAGAAGACGGAGCUUCUAUCCACCCUGCAGUCAUGCAAGGCAAAAGAAUAUGAGGAGAUAUGGCUCCUCUUGCACAAAGCAUUGGAGGAGCGCACCCCUCCAGACAAGCUGCUUUACGACGCGAAGAAUUCGACUUUGCUCUUUAGGGAAGAAAAUGACAGGCAGUAUCUACUCACCUGCAUCAAUUUUAUAUGUAUAUAUUUACAACACUUGGCUAAUAGUGACAAGAAGAGGAAGAAGCACAUCAAAUUGGAUGCCAAUUUUUACACCCUUUUUUAUAAGCUCAGUGAGGUCCAAUUCAUGCUAAGCGACAGAGAAGUGCGCAUGUCCUUUGGGAAAUGCUUAUUCCAGUUAUGCGAACUGAACUUAGAAGAAAAUGAAUUUUCAGAGCACGUGAAAGUGAACCUAUUGAUAUUUCUCUUGUGGAAGACGUGUUCGUCGGAGGGCAAAAGCGCAGACGUCACUAAACUCAAAAAGAACAAAGACCUGUGUAAAUAUAUAAAAUGGGGAGUUCCAGAAAAAUCCACUAACUCGUUUUAUCUGCUCUGUUCUUACUCACUGAAUCUGCCCAAGUUUUAUGCACACCCCGAUGGGAAAUUCUUUCUGGCACACGUUUGGUCUCAACACGAAAGUAUAGCGUCUCACCUUUUUCACAAAUUCGUGCACAACACGGUACUCCUCACGCAUGACAGCAUCAGUCACUAUUCACAGAUUAUCCAUUCGACGUGGAAGAACUGCGAAGGAAUGAUGAAAGAAACACUGGAGAUGCAAAUUGAGCACCUCGUCAACUUGGCCUUAAAGUGUCCCAUUAAAGUCGCAGCACGAUUCAGAAAUGUUCUAAGUAUAUUCCACAACAAUAAGGGGGACAAGAGCAUCAACAAUUUGAUCUUCAAAAUUUACGACCCCGUUAUUUGGAGGAGCCUCAUGUCGCCCAACUGGAAACUUCGCUUCAACGCCACGUGCAUCUUUCAGCUGAUUUUCCCCGUCGUGGACCCCUGCAUAAAGAACGUGAAUUACCUAGCCUCGAUGGAGAAAGCCUACCAUGCCCUCUUGGACUUGGCUGAAGACGUGAACGCCUGCGUCCUGCAGGCCGUGGCCAAGUGCAUAUGUCAUAUCCUGAAUGAACUGUGGGAAAUAAUCAGCGAACAGAAGAGAUCCGCCCUCGUGGAAGUGCUGAUCAACAAGCUACUAAGGGACAGACAAUACGACAAUGUGAAGGUGGAAGUCCUUCUUGGGUUCUGCGAAAUGGCGAAAAAUAAGAAGAUACACAAACUGUUUGGAAAAAUAUUCCACAAAAUAAAAUACCUCAUAAAUGACAAGUCUCUACGAGUACGGAAAAAUUGCAUCGCCCUUAUCCUCGAAUUGAAUAAACAAUUAAAUGAAAAUCUCUCCAACCAAAUCGACUUCACUGAAUUGAUGAAGCGUGUCACGAAAGAUCUAUUCACAUACAACGUGCAGUUAUGCAUCAGGAAGUUGUCCUAUGCAAAGUAUGAACAUCAUGAGAGGGUAAAAAACAGAGAAAUGUCUGAGUUCCUUAAGCUGUCUUGCAAUUUAAUUACUUAUUCUAUGUGGGAAUGCUCCAUAAAGGAGCAGGCAAAGAAAUGCGUCAAUCUAUUAAAUGAUUACCCUGCGCUCAUGAUCUGCAUCAGUAAAUUCGCUACGAACAUGGAAUUGGUGCAGCGUUACAAGUUGGCUUCGGUCCUAUUCGAAAUUACCAACGUGAAGUUAGGGGAGGAAGGAAACUCCGUGCUUCUGACCGCGGGGAGCACUGGAAAGGGCAGAAUUGGAGAGGGGUUCCUAGUGGGAGCUACCACAGGGACGAUGCAGACCCCGCUGCGUGAUGUGGGGAAGCUCCUGGACGACCCGGUCAUCAACGGGAAGUAUGUGAAGUACGCCUCCCUUCUCCUCUGCGUGGCGUACCUGUUGAAGCCGAAGAACGAGGAAGAAAUGGAAAUGUGCGGCUCGGAAAAAAUGGAGAAUUUCCUCAGAAGCAAAUUUAAGGAGGAUUACUUCCUCACCAGCAUAGACACCCUAAUGCAGCAGUUUUAUUUCAAAAUACUUAAAUAUGUUAAUCUCAAUCAGGAGGAUUAUGUGGGAAUACACAGCUACGCUCGCAGGCAGUUACUCUCCCUCCACAGAGCUAAGAAUGAACAUGCGUGUCGAAAAUUUAUCCUCCCGUUAUUUCACAAGUGGAGCUUACUUGAGUCGGUUGUCUCAGCACAGAUGCACAUCUUAAAUGCCUCCAUUGAGUUUGUCUUUUUACACACCUGUGCGGACCCGGAGUGGGGACUCGCCAUGAAGGGAAGCCCCUUUCUUCACGCAGAUGGAAACCAUCCAUUUGUGGAAAAAGCUGCGCUGGGUUAUUUCGCUGACGGGGAGGAAGAACACCAGUGGGAGAUACCCCAGUCAGAGGAGGGAAGUGAGAUAAAAGUGCCCCCCUUGCAUUGCGACAAGAAAGACGACCACGUGGAGGAAAAUGAGAAGAAAAGAAUUCACAUAAAUGACCAAAGGGAGAAAGAGAAAAUUCACAUAAGUGACGAAAAGGAGAUCAAUGCUCUCAUUCUACUAUCACUGAUUGUUAAAAAGAAAAAAUAUCACAACAUGUUAUUUAAGUCCUUCCAAAGCAUUAUACACAACGUCAUCUUCAAAUUCAACUCGUAUCUUCUGUCCCUAUUUGACAAACUGACACAGAGCGAUUUCCAGCUGCCUCCUCAUUUUAUUUCUCCUCACUAUGAAGAUAAGGGUGGAUUCAAUUUUGUACAAUUGGUACUUCAUGAGAAGGCUAAGAUAAAAGGGUACUUCCAUUUGUACAUUUCGUUUUUCUUCCUUUGUUACACAUCCAAGAAGAGCAACUUCCCGCAUGACUGGGAUACCUUAAUUGACAACACUCUGCGGAGUAUUCAUCUGAUCAGUUCUGUUAAGUUUAAAAACGAAAUUGAAAUUGUUACAAGUGGCAGUUUAGCAGGGAUGACUGCUGUAGGAGAAGCGGCUGCGCAAGGAGAUGCCCGGGUGGAUGAAUGGGCAACCUACACCAAGACGAUCCUCCACUUCGUCAUGCACUUCCUCGACAUGGUCGAAUUCACCGUCGCCAUGAAGAUGACACCGAUAGAGGACCUCGACUUUAGCGACUUGGUGAAAAACGUCUUCAUGUUUUACAAAUGUUACGAACUCGUCCGGGGGGGGUUAAAUGGUCAGCAAAAGCACCGCAUAAGCGGCCACACGGAGGGAGGCGAACCGGGGCGCACCCUUCGCGACGUCUACCUCGAGGUGUGGACCAGAGUAAGCGAAUUCCUCUUGUUCCUAUUAAACUUCGAUUAUUUCGAAAAAAAAACCGAAAUGAAGUUGUCAAUCCUGUAUCCAUUUUUCCUAUUUACGUACGAAGUUGUCCAUAAGGAGCAUAUCGAACGGGUUAUGAACAAAUAUGCAGCUUUAAUUAAAGAGAGAGAAACCUUCUUCGGCUUUGUAAAAAAUUACAAAAAAAAUAACAGCAUGGGGAGUUACAUGAGAGAGAGUCAGGUGAAUUACAUUCAGGGCAUCCUGGACAACAUUUCGCUGCCCAAGGAGAAGGCAAAGAAGAGGUCCUCUUAA